AUCAUCAGUUGAACGCUACCAAAUACCGGGAACCGUACAUUAAGAGCAAUUAUAGAGUAAAUAGAAAUCAUUCGGUCUACACUAGCUCGCGAAGAUAGUGGAGACAUUGGUUAUUGGAACCGUUGUGGAGGCGGCCUGUUCAACGUAGCUCGCACCAACUGUGUUGCUGGCCGCUUGUCCUGCACUAUCCUGAUGCGAAAGUCGAGUUAAACAAAAAUUCAAGUGUUUCAGAGUCACUUUCCGCCUUUACUAGCAUGCCUCCGGGAAUGUAUUCAGGUCUGGAGUCUAUGCCUGCUACUGUCGAUGAGGUUAUUGUGUCUGGAUUGAACAGAACAUGUGAUUCAAUAAUCAAAAAACAAUUUGUUGAGCUGGUAAAGUCUCAGAAUCUGCAAGAACUUUUCGAGAAUGUGAAAGUUGCUAAAGAAAAGCUCGCGAAACUCGGAGUUUUCAAGUCUGUUUUCGCUGUUGUCGAUGCUUCUGAAGAUCAUUCGAGACCGAGUGCAUACAAAAUUACCUUCAAAGUUGAGGAGAAGCGCUUCAUUACUGGUCGAAUGUCAAUGACUCAUGGAACUGAUGGGAUUACAAAAGCAUGUGGAAACGUUCGUCUCAAUAAUUUCGCACGCUGUGCUGAAUGCGCUGAUAUUGAUGUUGAGAUUGGUUCAAAUCAAAUGGUUUCCAAGUUUGCAACUAUUUCAAAGCCAUUGGAGAAUAAUCCAUACGUCCGUGUUAGUGUUGGUGGGACCGAAGGAAAUUGGGAUCAUUAUUGGGCUAAAUUUCUGCGACACGAACGCUCAGUUUUUACAGAAGUUCAAGCAGAAUCUCCUGUUGGACUUCACAGAUUUCAAUGGGAUGCAGUGUGGCGAGAAACAGAAGUUAAAGAUCCUACUGCACCGUUAGGCGUCCUUAAAGAAUGUGGACCAGCAGUGAAAGCUAGUCUUCGUCAUGUUUUUGAAUCAGAUGCUCGUCCCGAUUUAGUCUUCCCGGAUGCUGGGUACCUAUGUAGAAUAAGCCAAGAAAUUGCCACUAUUACACCUGGGAGUCAAACAGGACAGUCUAAUGUUAGUGAGAUUUCUUCUAGUGAUACAGGUUCUUUAGUUGAUCGUGCAUUGCAAUUAAAAUUGGAAGGAUUACUGCAAAAACCAUUUCGUAUAUUUGAUUGGCUUGUAGGAGAAGUGACAUUUUCUACUGGAUUAGUUCAUUCUUUGACCAAACAUUCAGUUCAUAUUUCUGACCGAUUCUUUUUGGGUGGACCAUUAGAACUGCGGGGAUUUCAAUGGCGUACUGUAGGUCCAUCACAACCAUUAUUAGUGCCAACUGUUCAAACAUUAGACAGUUAUGAAACAACAACACCACCAACAACAACAACAACAACAAUUAAUGAUGACAAUCAACAAACCAUGCCAACAUCGGUUCCUGUGAACUCGUCAUUAUUAUCACCUGUUGGCGCUGAUGCUUUCUGGUUAACUGGAGCUCAUUUAUACACUCCAUUACCAUAUUGGGGUGCUGAAGAAGGUUCACUGGCUGCUCAAUUUCGUCUUCAUGGAUUCUUUCUUGCAGGUUCUACACUAGAAAAACCUUUUCAAAAAUUGAUUGAUACACCAUCCAAUUGUACAACACUCAAUGAAUUUCGUCAAUAUGUAUUAACUGAAUUAAAAGGUCGACCACGUACUGUAGUUGGUAUGGGUGUAGUAUUUCGUUUCGCUGGUAUUCUACGCAUUGAGUUGAACUAUUGCUUUCCAUUGACAUGUCAACCGGGUGAUCAAAUAAAGCCUGGAUUCGCUUUUGGUUUUGGCAUGUAUUAUAUGUGAUAUUGAUAUAUGGUGUUGUUGUUUGUGAAUAUGUUUCAUUCAUUGUACAAUGUAGUUGGUCAUCUCUUUGUGUAUGUGUAUGUGUAGGUGUGUGUGUGUGUGUGUGUAGAAUAAUAAGUAGAGUAAAUAGACUCGAUUGUUGUUAUUAUUAUCAGUAAUUACUCCACACACUUGUUGAUUACGUUCAAUGCAUUUUUGUCCCUUAGUUAACUUAUCUGGUGGUAGUAGUAAGUGAAUGUGCCUACUGUUGAUGUAAAAAAUAAUUGUAACAGGAAAUAAAUAACUAAUUCAGUAUAGAUUUGUUUAUUUUUGCUCGUUUAAUAAUUUAGCAUAUUUUAUACUCAUUAUUAUUAUUACUACUACUGUUAUUAUUA